ACGCUUCAAUAUCCCCAGCCCCCACCCAGACAGUAGCUUUUUCCUCUUGUGGAGUUUCAUUAGAUCAUUAUAGUAGCAGAGAGCGAGCAAGAACACAAAUUUGUUUUGCGUUAUUAAUUUGUGACCGAUUACGAAUAACGUUUUUCAUCCGGGUGUUUUUUUUUCUACCACAACUUUUGGUUAAACGUGUGCAGUGUCUAACGGAGAAUGCAAGCAAUCAAAUGUGUAGUGGUGGGCGACGGUGCUGUAGGUAAAACAUGCUUGCUCAUCAGUUACACUACCAAUGCCUUUCCCGGAGAAUACAUCCCCACAGUGUUCGACAACUAUUCUGCAAAUGUAAUGGUAGAUGGUAAGCCUAUCAAUCUAGGAUUAUGGGAUACAGCAGGUCAGGAAGAUUAUGACAGGUUAAGGCCCUUGUCAUAUCCUCAAACGGAUGUUUUUCUAAUCUGUUUUUCUCUGGUCAAUCCUGCCUCUUUUGAGAAUGUCCGUGCCAAAUGGUACCCUGAAGUACGUCAUCAUUGUCCGAACACGCCGAUUAUACUAGUAGGAACUAAGCUCGAUUUGCGCGACGAUAAAGAUACAGUGGAGAAGUUAAAAGAAAAGAAACUCUCUCCAAUCACUUAUCCCCAGGGCCUUGCAAUGGCGAAAGAAGUUGGUGCUGUCAAAUAUCUUGAAUGUAGUGCUCUGACCCAGAAAGGAUUGAAAACAGUAUUCGACGAAGCAAUAAGGGCUGUCCUUUGCCCCGUUCCCAAACCAAAAAAAGGGUCCAAAUGCGGCUUUUUGUGAAGACCAAAACGUUUUCCUUUCAUCUGUUCUGUUUUUUCCUUCUGGCCAAAAUUCAUGUCAUCAAUUCUUUUAAGUUCAAUUUCGUAAUCUUUCUUCGUUACACUCCUGGUUGCGAAUUCUUCUUGUACAAUUUGCGAGUUGUUAAAGGUGAAUUAACCCCCCCCUAAAAUUUGUCGAGGCGCGCGCACAACGCUGAAUUGAAAUUACGUUCCAGGGCUUUCUAUCUCUUAACUUUAGUGCCGACUCGAAACUUUCGACCUGCGUUUGCCAUUGUUAAUUCUUAGCUUACAUCAUUUUUUCUUCUUUCAUGUUUCACCUAUCAUUUUUGAUCACCUUUAUUAUUUUUUUUUUUCAGACUUUGUAGGAAUUGAUUUGAGUACCAUCAUAGAUGUAAUGCUGAUCAACAAAAAAAAAAUAAUAAAAUAACAAAGAACUUUU